AACAAUAGAGCUAUCGGUCAUUUUGUUUUGCCUUCUAAUUAGGUACGCGUUUUAUUUUGGUGUGACACAGAUGGACAUACGCUCGUCCAAAAUACGACUUUUGUCCUGGAAGGAAGGCAUUCUUCGCAGAAAUUGGACCAAAUCGGAGACUUCGAUCGUAUUAAUGAAGAUUUACGCUAUUUAAAUUCUUGUUGUGGCAUCCAGAAAGUGUAACUUUAUAUACCAAGUUCGGUGGAAAACAAUUUGUGAAGUUUGAAGUUUAUGCAUUUUUACCAAAUAUGACCGUAAAGUUGGAUUUGCCCCAAGUCCAUUGAGUGUUUUGUACGUUAAAAAGCAACAUAUUUAUAAAAUGCCUUCAUUUUGUGCAGUGGUGAAUUGCAAUGAUCGAUAUGGACAUUCAGAGAACAUAUCCUUUCACAAAUUUCCUCUUAAACGGAAGGAUUUGUUGGAACAAUGGGAGUCGUUUAUACAAAAGCAAAGAGGACCAGACUGGCGAGCCUCACGCUGGAGUUCUUUGUGUAGUCGUCAUUUUCGUGAGGACGACUUUCGAUCGUUUAACGAAAGAAAAACUCUUAAAAAGACUGCUGUACCCUCGGUCCUGGAUGUGGGAAAUUAUGUGGAAAGUCACAGUAGAAACAAACCGAUAUAUGAUGGAAACGUAUUAAAGGACAAAGAGAGCCAAAAGGACAAAGAGUUUAAAGAAAUCAUGGCCAUUAGAGAACAGCUGGAAGAUGUUGAAGCUGCAGCCAGCAGUAAUAUUGCCAAAACCAAUUGCCGUCUUUGUGGUGUCAGUUCAGUUCCAGUAGUUACAUUUGCUUCCAAUUAUGAGCUAUAUGGCAUGCUACAGAAAUGUUUUCCCACACUGAAUAUACAACAGGAUGAUGCCUUUCCCAAAGUGCUGUGUUCUGCCUGCUAUAAAAAUCUUCAACAUUUCUGUGAAUUUGUUGACAUUGUGUGGGCCGCUCAGACGGAGUUACAAAAGAAAUACAAACUGAAAGCCGUAGAGAAACCACCAUUAAAGAUCAAACAGGAGCCACUGGCAGUGCGGGUAAAGCAGGAAGUGGCUGAAGUGGGUUAUGACCAGCAGCAACAGGAACUUGGAGCCAACGAUGAAUAUGAUGUCAUGGCCGAUGGCCAACAUGAUGAAACCGAAGGCGGCGAAGCUGUAGACCAAAAAUAUGAAUUUUGUGAUUUUCCCAUUAACGAUUGUGACAUCAUGGAAAUCAUUAACCUCGACGACCCUUUUAUAAACAUACCCGAUGAUGACAACAAUACCAUUGUAAAUGAGAGUGAAGAAUCGCCGAAAAGAGUAAAUGAACAGCGUUCCAACCAUAUGCUAACUGCCCAUGAACUCCUGCAGGUGCAUUUAUUAAUGGACGAACAUAAUUAUGCCUAUGUGGAUACCGACGAUUUCAAAGAGGAACAACAAGUUUACAAGACCGAAAAAUCUGAUGGAGAUGAGAGAACUUUUACGGAGCAUCCAAACCUAAGCGACGACAAUAUUGUGCGACAAAAUGAGAACCUGUGUAAAGACCCGGCAUAUAAUUACAUAUCGGAUCCAUCAUAUUCAGAAACGAACUCUUUUGAAAAUCGCGCCUUGAAACCAAUUGUCACCUCCGUUAGUGCUAUACAACAGCCGACGAGUAAAGGAAAUGGUAUUGUGGUACUUAAUGAAAGUAUAGUCAAAUCUGGAGCUGGUGGCUGCCAGUUACAUGCCUGCAUGGUUUGCCAUUUGAAGUUUUUCUCUGUGGAAAAUCUUAAAGAGCACUAUACUCAAACACAUGGUACUCCCAUGGUUACAGUGCCGACCAGUAACAUAUUGGUGGAGAGAAAUAGCACGGAGAGUAAAUGUCACAUGAAAACGGAAGUAAUUGAGAAUUUAGAGUUAAGCAGUGCUAAGGAAGUCUAUGAACGUCCAGCUGAGAACUUGGAAAAACUGGCGAAGGAUAUCGUUGCUGAAACUAAUGAAAAUCCAAAAGGAAACACCAACGAGGAAGAAAACACAAAAAUGCUCAAAAAUAGCUUUAAGAUACGUCGCCGCGACGUAAGGGGAGAUAAUGUUACGCAAAUGAAACAAAGACAAACCAAUUAUCGACGUCGCAAUAUUGUCAAGAAGAAUCCACACAAAAUCUCUCUCAACACCAUGGCCAAUCAGUAUCAACAAUUGCGAAAGCUCUAUCAAACCUUGCAAAAGAAGUGUUUAAAUUUAGAACAGAAUGUUGAACAAUUACAGUUGCAACCUACAAAGAAAUAUAGCCGGACCAUUAAGGAUAGACGAAAACCUAAAAUUGCAGCAAAUUCUGAUGCAAGCACUGAAAAUAAAAAUUUCACAUGUCCGGUGUGUUCGAAAUUUUUUCCGAAUGCCAACAGUUUACGCCAACACAGCAUAACACAUACCGAAGAAAGGAAACACAUUUGCAGUUUAUGUCAGCGAUGCUUUAAACGUCGCAACGGUCUGCUACAGCAUCUGAAAGGGUUCCAUCUACAAGUGAAGCCCUUUACCUGUCAAGUUUGCAAACAUAGUUAUGCCCUGAAAUGUGAUAUGUUGCGUUGCAAACAUUCCGCAUUAAAGGCCAGUGUCGUAUUUAAUAAGUGUUCAUAAGAUUAGCCCUGGGUUGAUCUGAAUAAAAAUAGAAUUAAAUAAAUUUUUUUGUGAUUUGGAACUUUUA